GUCUUGCCGAGAAGGAAUCUCGAAGCCUAUUCUUGGAAGCAGGUGAUGCUUCCGAAUCCUUGCGUUGCGAAGAAGAGCUUCGAAUGCUCAAGAGUGGAAUACAGGAGAGUUGCGAAGAGGACCAGCGAAAUGGUGCGACGGUCUCUGCUGGAGGCUGCCACGCCGAGGCGGAAGCCGUUGUCAACGAUGGAGACUACGAGGUCUGGAGCCAGAGCUUGCUGUCGUGCGGCAGCGAGAAGACGCACCUCUUGUUGUGGAGUGGCUAUCAAGAUGAAGAGCGUGAAGACGUCCUUCGACCAUUGCGAGAAAAGGGCGGCUGCGUCUUGCAAAGCCAGGAGGAUCCGGACACCCGGCUCGGGCAGCUCCUGAAUGCUCCCGGAGUGAAUACCCUGAAGUCCUGCAGCUUGCCGAAGGUCAAAGCCUUCUGGGUGGGCGCAUCCCGGCAGUUUGCCAGCACUUGGGCUGCGAGGUCCCAAGAAGUCAUCGUCGCGAUCAACUAUCACAAACAGCAAGGACGGUCCUACAAAGUUCUUUUCGACACUGUCUUCUACAGAGGCGAGCUGAAAGCCGCUGUUCAAGCUUUCCGCGACGGGCUGCAGAUGCGCAUUCUUUACACACAUCCCGGCAUGACAGAGGGUGACAUGAUUGCAGCGACUUCCGUCAUGUACGAAAGGGCACGCCUGCUGUCCCCUGUGCCUGCAGAGAAGUUUCGGGAAACCACCACGUGGCGUUUCGGUCAUUGCGCCAAAGAGAACCUUGCGCAAGCAGUCAGCCAGUCACAGGCGCUCCUCGAUCCCGAUGGCCCUUUGUUCCUCAACAACCUGGGGGUCAUGUACUUUGAUGGCCUCGGGGUCGCUCGCGACUUGCAUGAGGCACGGGGCCUUUUUGAGCGGAGUAUGGCGAAAGGCAACCCCAGAGCCUUCACCAGCCUUGGCAUCAUGUACCAGCAGGGGCGAGGUGUAGUUCAAGACUACGACAAGGCCAGAGAUCUGUAUCAGAGGGGUUACGCAAGGGGCGACGACCUUGCCGCUGCCAUGCUUGCAACGAUGUAUCGCGAUGGCUUGGGACUGGCCCGGGAUUCCCAAAACGCGAAAAUUCUGUAUCAGCUGGCCAUUGAUAGGGGCGACACUGCAGCGGCAAAUUGGCUCGGUAACAUGUACCAGUAUGGGCAAGGUGUAGCCCAAGACUUGCAGAAGGCCAAAGAACUUUACGAGCUGGGUAAUGCAGGAGGCGACAUGUAUUGCGCCGACAGCCUUGGCUUCAUGUACCUCCAUGGCGAUGGGGUGACCCAGGAUUUCGUAAAGGCCAAAGAAUUCUUUGAGACGGCCAUCUCAAGGGGUUCUGCUGAAGCUGCAUCUCAUCUUGGACACAUGUACGAGGAUGGCCUGGGGGUGGACCAAGAUUUCCGCAAGGCCAAAGACGCUUAUGAGAGAGCCGUCGAGAUGGGCUCGACCAGAGCUGCACUUGAGCUUGGUAACAUGUACCAGUAUGGGCGAGGUUUAACCCAAGAUUUUCGCAAGGCCAAG